AUGACGCCUAAAGAUAAGUCAAAGGAUAAGUCCUUUUGGUCCUCUAUCAAAGCUCUGCAGGCAGCAGCAGAAGACACAAUAAAUCACGCCAAAUCCUUUAAAAGCCACGAAGAACUACAACAGAAGAAUGUACAGCUUGAGAAUGAGCUCAAAGCAGCAUAUUCCACGAUAGCAGAUAACAAACGGCAGUUGGAGGAGGAGCGUCAGAAGCACCAAACAUUAUUGAAUGACAAAGCAUAUCUCAGUGACUACUUGGAAGAGCGAGUCCGAGGCUGGUCAGAGAAAGAGAAGGAGCUUCUGAACCAGUUACAAAAGACGAAGGAGGAUACAGAAACAAGUCUCAACGCCAAGUUACACGAGUUGUCAACAAACUUCCGGAAUCAAUCCGAGCAGCUUCGCCGGGUCCGUACCGAGCUAGAAGAACGAAAAACGGAAAUCAUGGGUCUACAGGGGCGCCUCACACAGAGUCAACAAGAGGUUGAAGAGUUGAAACGGGCGACUCAGCUGGAGGACUUUGGGCCUGAUCUGAUUCAGAAUAUCAAAGAGCUCGAGGCGGCCUUGCACGAUAUGGUUCAGAAAUAUUUUUAUAAAAGUUUUCCGUCCGACACCAACGAGGUAAUGAAUACCAUUCAGCAAGUCCUGUGGAAGGGAUCUACAACCCCAAAUCCUUUCUCGAUGUUUCCGGCAGCAGCUAUUGUUCAGUCUAAAAAGCUCCGUGCUUCCUGCGUGCAAUCCAUAAUUUCCAGCCACCUCUCCCGCAACAUAUUCCAGCCACUCCGCCUCGAAGCACCAGCUAGCCGAUUGCCAAUGGGUUAUGCCCUUGACAGAUGCGAUCAAAUUACAUCUCAGGAGAAAGCAUUACUACGUGCACUUCUGGUAAAGGUGUUUAGGUCAGAUGAACAGAGGCAAGUGGACGAAAACAUUGGAAGCGUUGUCUCCGAGAUUGUCCAUAGAGUUGAGCCUUUACUAGAGACUGGUUGUAUUGGGUUCGAGGAGGACCUUCGUCAGUUUCUCCAAGAUGCAGCCGAAUUAUGGGGCAAAGUGCAACAGACCUCUAAAUGGGUGACAACAGUUUCUGACAGUCACCUAUCUGCUGAAGUCGGGGGGUCUAACAACGGCAAGGGUACAGAGCUUCGUGGACACCCUGUUUUAAUUUUGUUUCCCCACUUUAUCGCCCAGGAGGAGUCAUCACCGCUUCACAUGGGAUCUAUGCUCCAGGCAGACAGCGAAUCCAUAGGACAAGCCCUAAGCAAGUGGUUAGACGUUGAAGGUGCCAAGCCCAACGAAGGGAGUUCAUUAAUAAUUCGAGAUGUUCCCAGGUACAACUACAGUGUCUCCAAAUCUGCGAGGAAUGAGAAAUCAUUCACGCAGCAUAUGAGUACGCGGAAGAGACACGAGUCUCAAAACAGACAGAGCCGGGCUUCCCGGGACAACAGUAUUUCCAGGGGAUGUUAA